GGUUCGCGGAUCACCCCUAUCCUUCCGUGGUCUACCGAUGCUUGCCCCAGAGUUCGAGCAUGAGCUGGUAGGAUGUUUACUGAGUACUCAAAUGUGAUCCUGUUCCUAAUAAGGCAAUCUCUCAAUCAGUCUAUCAGGCAAGAUUCGUCCCCGACCUGAAAAGCGACCUACCUACACAUAAAGAGGAUGCACAAGUUUGCCUCAAACAUAUAUAUUUCUGUCGCCAACACUAUGGAACCAGUCGAAGGUCAGGGAAGCCCCCAUAAAGUCCUUGACAGACUCUUCAAAACUACAAAGACUUCCACUAUCCCCCAUCUCACAGAACUUCGCAAGGCCCUGGGCUACGGCAACCCAGGCCAAGAACAGGACAUCGCCUUUAAAAGGGCAAUCAGAGCCCAGAUCGAGUCUUUUGUAUCCCCUAGCACCAAAAUACCUGCAUACAAACUCACCAAGUGGAGGUUGCCUCUUCACCAGAGAGGACUCCAAGAGGUCACCAAAGACUUCCUCGAUACCAAGGGAAAGGGGCCUGAAUUCUGGCCUGCGAGGCACGACUCCGUUAACACCAGGUGCCUUGAGUAUUCUAAAGACUCUUCUCGGAUACGUCGUCUCAUGAUCAAAGUCUUUUGGCGUGCAGCCCGAGAGUACAAGCGAAACAAGCCCUCAAACUCUACCACUACGAAGCUAUCAUCACAGCCUAGCGAUAGAGACACCUUACCUUUAAAACCCCUGGAUACGCCGGCUGACGACAAACACCAAGUCCUCGAUAACAACUCGCAUAUUCUCAAAGGUCAGAAUAUCGACAACCCUAUAGAUGUUGAGAGCAUGCAGUCCGGAACCAACACAUCAGGACUGUCCACAGACGAUCACUUUGCAGGCCUUGGAAUUGCUUUCAAUUUUAUUCUUGGUGCACAGCGACAGGAUACGCCUGAUGAGAGCUCAAGCUCGGAGCCCUUUUCGUCUUCACAAUUAGUCCCUGACACAGAGGGAACUAUGAUGCCUAUUCCCGAGGAAGCAGAGAGCGCGUCCAGGACAGACGUGUACGAAGUGCCUCCAAGCCCUCCAGAGGUCACUGAAACUGCACAGAGUAAUGGCAAGCGCCCGGUCGAGCCAGACCCCGAUGAUCUCAGCCGCCAGGCCAAAGUCCCCAGACAAGAUGCAAGCACGUCUGCGAAAUCGACACGCCAACCUCCAAAGAGUACUCGAGGUGGCAGAAAGUCACAGAGCUUACGUCCCAAUGUCCGAAGCUCUAAAAGACAGAGAAAGCCAGUCUGUCGACCAGGAGCUGCUACAGAAGAACAGAUUCAAGCUGCUGAGAACCCGACCCCAACCCCAACUCCGUCACCUCCCCCAGCUGUAGCUGGACCUCAGCGCAGAAGUAAUGCGAGCCAAAGCAAACAACCCUCGACCACCACUAAUGGUUCCACCUCAAGAAUUUCAGCCGGGGAAACACAAGGCCAAUCUCCAACCGGAGCUAUCAGAGCAGAGCUAGCUCGCCAGGCUGAAAGGCAGACUACAGAGGCAGCUAUAGCAGCGGGUGUAGACCAAGAACUAGAUGCCCGCGGUACGUCUACCACUGACCUCUCCGCUAAAGCUCAAGGAAAGCUACCUGAGGUGCCGGUCAGGAAAACCCCAACGGUUCAAGCUGGGCCAAGUCGGGAGCGGGCCGCAGAGUCUACGGUCAGACCAGAGGCCAGUGCUGUGAGCCAACAAAGGAGCCGCUCUGGGAAUCUGGACCCUGAAGAUACACAGCGAACAGUGCCGCAUGGACGUGAAAUAGCCAUCGUCAUAAGAUCCAACAUAGCUAAUGGCGUUGACUUCAUGUCUUGGAAGCCGUCAUCUUUCUUAUUCAACAUGUCUCUUGCGGAUGUGGCUGAGGAGUUGGGGUUGAGGCACGGCCGAACCCUUCACAUGUCUCUCAGAGGCCGAAUAUCCAACUUGUGUGAAAAGUUCGAGCCCGGCGACGAAGAUGGAUUUGAGUCCUUCAAAUAUGAGUGCCUGGGAGUUAUUAUGCAGCGACAUUCUGGUGCUGCAUCUACUAUUUACUUUUCGGACAAGCCAAUUUCUAUCUGAAAUGGACUAUACAGUCUCUAGUUAUUAUGGAUAGAUGGCAUGCGAAUUCGUUUUCUUUCUUUCUUUCUUUCUUUUUGUUUUCAUGGUACUAUAUUCUAUUCUUGGGAAAUUGGCGGAUCAACGACUUUUAAUGGUUUGACGGGUAUGAAACUGUCAACAGGGUUCUGUUCUGUGGUUUUUAUCUUUUAUUUCCUUAUCAAGCACCAGACUUUUGUAAUAACACAUUUGUAUAGUAACUUAGAGCAGUUGAUAGAAAACCAGGAACGUGAUUGCAUAUGUAUGUAUGAGGUACCCGAGCACGCGUUUCUCAGGCUAUGGGGGACAGUCACUGGUUGAACCAAGAUCAAACGAUGCAGUCUGACUUUGGCGCAUUAGUUAACUUAGCAGCUCGAAUGUCGGUAAAGUGUUUGAUACUGUGGAAAAUGGUGGCGAACACCUAGUGGAACGGGUGGUUACGCAAUGCAAGGUGCC